UCUUAUCACAACAAUCAGCCUCGGACCAGAGAGGAAAGUGCGACAACUUUGCUUGGGAGCGACGCACGAUAGUUUCUUGUUCUUUCAUCCGUUUUCGUGCUUGUUUUUUUUGCCGCUGGGAGUUUGCCACCGACGGUUUCAGGAUGGUGAAAGUGUCGUUUAACGCCGCCCUGGCGCAGAAGGACGUGAAGAAAGAUAUCGAAACUCUGAUCCCCGAGGACGAAACGGACGCCGAGGCUGCUGUGCUGGUGCGCCGCCGGUAUCGAACCUGGUGCUGGUGCAUGUGCCUGGGCCUGGCCCUCAUGCUGUCCGGAGUGGUCAUCGCCGGAGCCUACAUGUACCGCUACUACUUCCAGGUGGUGAACUCAGAACCUCAAGUGGCGGAUUAUGAAGAUCGAACCUUCUAUUGUGGCGUCAGAUACCCUGACGGCUACAUGGCCGACGACUACGUGCUGUCAGAGGAGGAGGGGUUGGAGCCGGCCAGGAAUCUCCGUCAGCGGCUGCUGGAGGAAACCAUCCGGGUGCUGGAGGAGGAGCAGGUGGAGCUCAUCAACGUGCCCGUGCCUGAAUUUGACGAUGGAGACCCUGCAGACAUCGUCCACGACUUCCAGAGGAGGUUGACUGCUUACCUGGAUCUGAAUCUGAACAAAUGCUACGUCAUCCCACUCAACACCUCCAUCGUCAUGCCUCCCAGAGACCUUCUGGAUCUGCUCAUCAAUGUCAAGGCUGGCACCUACCUGCCUCAGACGUACCUGAUCCACGAGGAGAUGGUGGUGACGGAGCGGCUGGAGCAGGUCGACCAGCUCGGCUACUUCAUCUACAACCUCUGCCGUGGCAAAGAGACCUACAAGCUGCAGCGCAGAGACAGAAUUCUGGGGAUCCAGAAGCGCGAAGCUCGCAACUGCCACAAGAUUCGUCACUUCGAGAACAAAUUUGUGGUGGAGACUUUGAUCUGCGAGCCUUAAGACGCCUGAGCGCCUCACCACAGCAGGUCACCGGCGCCGCACGAGAUUGUGUCCUCGAUCCUCACCUAUCUGUUUUCUCUUCUGCAAUAAAUUGUUUCAGCAAGUGAGGAGAGUGAAAUGUGAAGCUGUUUGGUGAAUAUCUACUGAAUGUUAAUACAACAACAACAACAAAAAAAAGAGGUAAAGCUUAUUAUUUUUCUUCCUGCAGCAUAGAAAUUAUCUAGGACUAUUCCAGAAAACCACCUAGCUUAAGGUCUGCUGAAUAUCAACGUAUAAAUUAUUUUAAUCAAACCAGCUGCAGAAACGACAAGCAUUUGCUUUUUAUAGAUGUCCACCGUUUGCAGUUCUUUCAGUUUAGAUAGAAAGUCUUAGGAGGCAGGGCAACCUUUGUACCACCGAUGCUGGUUUGUGUAACCUCAUCGGUGAAGGGAGACUUUUUUUUUUAGUUCCUGCUGUAGCUGACAGUACAAUGCACCAGUUGUUUCCUACCUGCAAAACACGCUUGAUGUAAAAUGAUGGAAAUUUGCUUCUUUUUGUAACUCUUGGAGGAAGAAAAAAAAACAUUAAAAAAGGGGAAAGUGAAAGCCAUGGGAGUAAGAGCUAACUGGAAGCACACUUAUGCUAAAGUCUUUUUCAAGUGGUUUUUCUUAAAGUUUCAUUUUUGAUAACCUUUCUUGUACUAAUUUGUGUAUAUAAUCUCUUCAAAAAA